CCCUACUUUUUAAGUUUUUCUCGCUUAAGAGCAAAGUUUUCUGUAAAUAACAAUAAGUGAUAAGCAGAGCUGAUGGACAAUUCUUGAAGAACAAUGCAGUUUGUCUACAUCCACACGUGGCAUUCAGCACAUUCAAAAUGCAUCCCAUUUUAUAAACUUUUAAAAUUACACUGUAAAUUAACUGUGAAUGUACAUAUUUAUUUGUAGACAUAUAGGAAAGAUUCUAUUCCAGGGAUAUAUUUUAGAAUACUAGUUCAAUGGAAGGACAUAGAAACAGAUUUUUAAAACUUCCCUAACAUUCUUAACAUAUUUUCCCUUUGAAGCUUCCUUUCUUCAUUUUAAAGUAUAAAAUAUCUGUAUGGCUGUGCAUAUAUGUCACAUGAAAUAUGUUUGAUACAUACCUAUGAUAUAUGAUAUAUACAUAAAUAACCCGUUCUGCACCUACCACGUGUUAAACUCUAAAGGCUAACUACCAUCCUGAGCAGCAGACAGGAAGGGGCGGAGCGCCAGCGGUUGCCAGGCCCCGAGUCCCGCUCCGAAAAGCGGCCGCAGCCGGAGACGCCGCAGGGAGUGCAGCGGCCGCUUAGUGCCCCCGCCCCUGCCAGUCCUAGCCGUCGGUCCGAUGUUUGCGGGACCUGCGAUGACCGUCGGCACCAGGCACCGGGCGAGAGGCGACACCGGGUCCAUGGCCAUCGCGGCGGCGCCCUCUUCCUCGGCCCUCGGCGUUUCGAGUCCGGCCGCGGCCCCCAGCUCGUACGGAGUAUUCUGCAAGGGGCUCUCCCGCACCCUGCUCGCCUUCUUCGAGCUGGCGUGGCAGCUGCGCAUGAAUUUCCCGUACUUCUACGUCGCGGGCUCGGUGAUCCUCAACAUCCGCUUGCAGGUACACAUUUAGGACCUCCCGGGCCAGCACAAUGGCGCGCCACCCCGAGCCCCGGCUGCCGAGCGGAGCUGCGAAUGAGCACUCCCGCGGUCUCGCGAGAGUGCCCGGGCGCCCUCCGAGGCUGCGCGCCCCGCCCGUAGCCGAGCGCCCCCCGCAGGCGCGGCACGCCUGCCGUAACUAGAAAAAGGAAACACGCGAUUUUCCGGGAAGAGCGAAGCAUUUAAUUCAGGCGCACCAGUAUUUAAGAAGCUGUGCAUCCUUAAAGCAAAACCAGGACAAACAGGCUGCAUUAUAACAAAGGAAAGUUAUUAAAAUGUUUAGGAUAAAAAAUUUUAAUGUACAUCAGGCUCAUGGUCCAAAUUAAAAUAAGAAAUCAUAAAUUUCGGGAAUAUUGGAUUGGAUUGCAUACAAGACGUUGAAUAAGAAGCUGAAGAUCUUAAGGAUAUGAUUGGGAAGGCAUGUAUUUUUUCGUUCCACCAGCACCAGAGAAAACAGUGACAAUCAGAUCUCUACAGUGGGAGGGCGGGGGGAAAAAAAAGACUGGACAGAAAAAGCAUCCUUCUAAGCAUCCAAACAACGUAAAAUGCUGCAGGAUUUUGAACGGAGAAUUGGAGUGUGAGAAAGUAUUAAGACUGUAUUUCAGUGUCCCUGUGAGUAGUAGUGAUUCAAGUACCUUGGAGCCAAAGAGAAGAAAAUCAAGUUACAGCACAAAGCUUGGCUUUUUAAUGAAUAUCAUUUAAAUAAUAAUAAUGAAUGUAAA